AUGCCACCUUCCUAUGUGGUAGUGUUCUGUGGCCUUGGUGUCACCACCAUAGCCCUCCUCGGUGUGUAUGAUUUGCUGCCGAUCAAGCCUUUGAAGAUUACGCGCCGUCUGAAGCUCAUCAUGCCAGACAGACCCCGACCACCUGAGAAAACUACUGACCCAGACGAGGUCAUGGCAAAAAUGGAGCUCUACUUCGACAAGAAAAAUAUCAGGAACAUGCAAUUGAAUUUGAUUCGUCCUCAUUUUCUCCACAGGAAGAUCACUAAGAGAUAUUUUGAUCCGAAGAAAGACGUCAUCUAUUUUUCGGACUUAAAAGUCUUCAGGCAGAAAUGUGACCAAUCAACUUUCACACUUCGGAAGUCACAUAAAAAAACCUGCGACGUCGUCCACACGCCCAUCAAGCACUACCGGACAUGCGCAGUGGUGGGGAACAGCGGUAUCCUCCUCCAUAGCAGCUGUGGUGCUGAGAUAGACGCUCACGAGUUUGUCAUCCGGUCCAACCUGCCUCCCGUCUCCCCGUAUAGAACAGAUGUAGGCAGCAGGACUGACUUGACCAUUGUAAACGGAAAGCGACUGAGACAGAUUAGUGAUGCUCUCCAGUCCGAUAACUCAGUAGAUCGGAAACACACCCUGGCAGCCCUAGGCGAGACACGUGGGAUGAUCCUAGCCUACUCCAUCGAGCUGUCGAUGUCUGACAAAAUCCGACAAAUGCAGGUGGUUGAAAAUGCGAUCAAGAAGAACAGCAUGUCAACAAUAACGGCUUUUCCUUCCAAAUCUUUCAAGGACAAAAGAGGUUUGUACGUAGAACUUCUCGGGAGAGCGUCACGCGGGACCUUCGCCUCGACUGGCCUGAACAGCUUCGCCCUGGCCUCCACCUUCUGUGACAGGAUCUCCAUGUACGGCUUCUACCCCAUGGAGAGAUACAAGAACAAGCCCGUUCCCUACCACUACUACGACAAGCACGGACACAGCGCGAGCCACGAACUCUACGAAGAAAACGAGCUGUUAAAACGACUUGACGAGCAGAGAAGCAUCAGGCUUGUCGUCGGAAAAUGCAAAGAUGUCUCCAGCAUUCAUUCAGCAUUGGAAGGAGCCUGGGCGAAUCUACAGAAGUUAGGCAAACUUGUGAUGUAAGGCAGGUUGUGUAGUUUCAAGUUUGGGUAUUCGCCUUCAUGUUGCGAGCUGGAAAAUAGCUUUGUUACGUGCUUUCAUGAUCUUUCAUUAACAGGUCGAUCACAAACAGAGGGCGGCGCUUGGUUUCAUGCAAGCAAUGAUACAAUCAUAAAGGGGG